CUCAAGAACCGUCGUGCUAGGACGGACAGAUGUACGACCUUGAGACGCCGGGCAAACAAGAGAACAGCUCGCCGGGCUGCGGAUACACUGACGCGUCGUGCACGACUGGUGGCGCCACCUCUCUGUGUGGCGAGAACGGGGAAUGUGUCGGUAGCAUGGUGUAUGGUCAGGGAGUGUGCGCGUGCUUCCCCGGCUGGCAGGGCCUGACCUGCGACCAAGCGAUUGCGGAGAGGUACUGGGACGACGACAGCUACGUGCGCUACAGCCUGAAGCAGAGCGUGCCGCUGAAGCCGCAGUGGACAGACGUGCUGUUCCGAUUCCGCACUGUCGUCAGCGACGGCAUGCUAUUCUACGCGGAGGGAACCGACGUCUACCUAGACGAGUUCGUCAUCGUGCAGAUCACCAACGGCGCUCUGCAACUGGCGGCGAGCCUCGGCAGCGGUCCCCGCAUGGUGGCGCUACCGUCGUUUGUGCCGGACGACGGCGCAUGGCACACG